AUGAAACUCUUUCUCCUCUCCCUCUGGUCGCUCUUUGCUUCCGUUGUCGUCAGCGUCCCUGCAGCUUCGGAAUCUUCGAAAGACUGCCACAUCACUGCGUCCAAGGCCUAUGUUCACGCCAUUCUCACAAAAACACAGGAGUCAGCCGAUGCCGUGCCGCUUCAUGACGACGUCGUUCGGAUCGAGGGCCCACCUGGAUUUCUCGUCCCUUCCGCAACAAACGCGCAGCAACUUCGUUUAAGCUUUUUGACGGGUCCAUCUGCUCUUUUCGUAACCGGUACCGAUCCAGCAAAGCCUGAACUAGCCUACAAGGUUGUCAACUCAACGACUGUGCGAGCAGACUAUUACAUCCUGGCCGGCUUGGAUGCCAAGAUCGCCACGGUCAAUGUCCUUCCCACCCGCAUUGAAGAGUACUUUGGCUUCGACAACGAGCAGGAUUGCGACCUUCGGCACAUUGCUGGCAUCUUUUACAUAGGUCAAUGAACGUGCUUCACCCUCACUCUGUCUCAGAGACUGGCCGAGGGCAAUGGAUGUUGUGCGGAACCCCUCCUUUUCACUCUGUAGCAGGGACACUACCUAUGUAAUUCUUCGCACGAG